GAUACGGGUGGUGGAUCAGAGAAGGAUAGUCACAGCCCAAGUCUCUCAACAGCUAACCUUGUAAGCAUCAGUGAUGGUGCCCCUAAUCACUCAUCUUCAAGUGGGAAAAAUGAGUUUUGGCUUGUCAGAAUGGAGAAACCCGGAGUUGAAGUCGUGACAAAGGCACAAAUGGUGGACCACUAUACCCAAAUCCUAAUGAAAGUGUUGGGGAAUGAAAAGGAUGCCCAAGUUAGCAUAUAUCACAUUUCAUGGGAGAGGGAUUAUGGUUUCUGCUGUCAUAUUGAUGAAGAGUGCGCAAAGGAGUUAGCUGAUGUUCCUGUUCGACCAGAUACUAAUUUUGGAUCGGACAACAAAGAUUACAAAGGUGAUGAUAGCUUGAAAUCGUCAGAAGGGACUCGCGUAGGUGAUGUCAAAACUAAAAGGCUCUUUGUUACAGGGCUUUCGUUUUACACAUCUGAGAAAACCUUACGGGCAGCCUUUGAGCCUCUCGGUGAGCUGGUUGAAGUAAAAAUAAUAAUGGAUAAGAUAUCAAAAAGAUCGAAAGGGUAUGCCUUCAUAGAAUACACUACCGAGGAAGCUGGAGCUGCUGCUCUAAAAGCAAUGAAUGGACAGAUAAUAAACGGCUGGAUGAUAGUUGUUGAUGUUGCUAAAACCAGACCGAAAGACCGUCAAUUUAGUCGACCUAAUCAAACAUUGCAACCACCCUAUCAUACGAGAUGACUGUUUAAUGUACAGAACAUCACAACUGUAGAGUAGAGAUAAGGGGCCACUAGUUCGGGCAUGUCGAGCUGCCUGGUCCGAUU